UCAAACACACGGGCAAUUGCCAAAAGAACGAACCGUUGCUUCAAGUAACUCUUUGAGGAAUUUAUUUAUGAAUCUAUUCUUUAUAAAUUGAAUCCAAAGGAUUACGUUAAAGAUGGAGGAUAUCGACGCCAUGUUCACUGACAUGCUCCAGGAGAUGGAUCUCCUCACGCUGAGCCUAGCAGAUGAAGUUCCAGAGUCCCCAGUUACCGUCCAGUCCAGCCAGCAAGUCAACCUCUCCAUUGGCUUCACAGAUCUGAAUGCAUCCCUACAUGAACUUGAGGACAAUGACCUGGACGCGCUGAUGGCCGACCUGGUGGCGGAUCUUAGCGCCACCGAGGAGAAGUUCGCUGCAGAAAGAGGUGGAGUACAGGAGCUCCCGGCUCCCACGGCUCCCGCGCCUUCCGCGCCUCCCAGAGCUGAGUUUGAUCCUGCUGGCCCCUUUGCACCUCCGCCCCCACAGCCUAAGGCUGAACCUCCUGUUCAUAGCAACAGUGCGAGUUUCACUUCUACGGCCGCUAACACAACGCUACCACCCCCAUCCACGCCGUGCUCGAAAAUAUCUCCAGAGGACGCGGAAGCGCAGAUGAAAGCAGACAAAAUUAAACUCGCCCUGGAGAAGCUGAAGGAGGCCAAAGUGAAGAAGUUGAUAGUGAAGGUGGAGAUGACAGAUGGCAGCUCCAAGACCCUGAUGGUGGACGAGAGACAGACGGUGCGGGACGUGAUAGACAGCCUGUUCGAGAAGACGCACUGUACUGGCAGCGUGGACUGGUGCCUGUGUGAGACCAAUCCGGAGCUGCAGACAGAGCGUGGCUUCGAGGACCAUGAGAACCUGGUGGAACCCCUGUCAGCAUGGACGCGAGACAGCGAAAACAAAGUACUCUUUCAAGAGAGGAAGAACAAGUAUGAGGUUUUCAGAAACCCACAGAAGUUCUAUAUGUGGAAGAAGGAAAAGAAAUCACUAAAGGACAUGAAAGAGAAAGAUAAGGAACUGCUCCUGGAGGAGAACUUCUGUGGGCAAUCUGUGAUCGUGCCAGACCUGGAAGGUGUGCUGCAUCUCAGGGAGGAGGGGAAGAAAUCCUGGAGGCCACGAUACUUCCUGCUGCGCGCGUCCGGAAUGUACUACUUACCCAAAGGGAAGACCAAGUCAUCCCGGGACCUGGUGUGCUUUGUGCAGUUUGACAACACAAACGUGUACUACUGCAAGGAAUGCAAGACCAGAUUCAAAGCUCCAACAGAAUACUGCUUCAUUCUGAAGCACCCUCAGAUCCAAAAGGAGUCCCAGUACAUCAAGUACCUGUGCUGUGAUGAUCAGUGGGCCAUGGAAUUGUGGGUAACAGGGAUCCGUAUUGCUAAGUAUGGAAAGGCAUUAUAUGAGAACUACAGGAGUGCUGUGAGGAGGUCUUCUCUCUCGUCAAUUUGGACCAACCUGAACCAGCAGCCAAGUCCAUCCACCUCCAACGCACCUACGCCCUCUCCAACACCAAAAGUGAAAGCUGCCAAUGGACAUGUACCCCAACCUCAAACAGAGAUGGUACCAAAGGGCCCUAGCAACCAGGCGUCUUUCCCACCUCCACCCUCGACGAACGUAUUGCCCCCUCCACCCCCCGACCCCAUGAUGCCUCCUCCACCUCCCAUGCCAGUCAGGGCGGAGCCUCCGCCGCUCAGCUCCGCCCUUGAAUACCCACAACCGGCAUUCCUUCCUCCACCCCCUGAACUGCCCCUUCCUCCACCCCCCAUCGACGACAUGGAGCCACCCCCUGACUUCCUGCCUCCACCACCUCCAUCUUUUGCCUGUGAGCUCCCUCCACCCCCACCCCCUCCUCCACAAACCAACCACCCCUCUCCGCCUCCUGUCUUUAACCCGCCAUUCGAAGGUGGAGAGCUGCCUCCUCCUCCUCCACCCCCUCCUCCACCCGCUACUGCUACCGCACCCCAUCCAACCCCCAAAGUCAAGAAAGUUGGGCCCCCGCCGCCAACACGAACUACGCCGUCUGCGACAGCGCCCUCCGGUGGCGAUUUCAUGUCAGAACUGAUGGUUGCUAUGCAGAAAAAACGCAGCGGCCAGUGAAAGAACCAGCUGGAAGAUGCGGAAACCUUUCGGUCCGGUUCUGUGAUGGAAAGUUUGAGGUUCACAAAUUAAUGCAUUGUUGUAGAACAUUUUCACCUGUUCCGGAGUUUACCUCUUAGUAUAUAUGCUGUACAUAUGUGACAUUUUUAAUUCUUUUUUUUGGGGUAUAUAAUAUUGUAGCUACAGAACACAGUUUUAGAUGAACUGGCAGUUAGGAAAUGGGGUUAUAUAUUAUAAUAAAUGUAUGUUUAAAGUAA